GCAUCCUGCUUUAACUUGGUCUACUUUUACAAGACAGAAAGGAGUUUUUGCCUUAGCACUAAUGCUUUUCCCCAUCUAUGAUUUAAAAAAAUUAAGUUGGUAAUUUCAUAGCAUUUAGAAAAUGGCUCCAGGAGUGUCCAGUUGCCAUUUCCAAGAAGUUCCUCCUUCCAUCUCCUUCUCUGGAUCUGGAUUCAUGGCCACCUACCAGUUAGGUGUCGCCCAGUGCUUCCUACAAUAUGCACCCUGGAUUCUGAGUGCAGCACCUUGUGUCCUGGGUGCGUCUGCUGGGUCUCUGGUCGCAGCUGCUGUGGUCUGUGAAAUGAGCCUGAUUACUAUGCGAGAUGAGAUGCUGAAUUUUGCCAAACAGAUGAAGGGUUUUACACUUGGCCCAUUUAACCCCUCGAUCAAUAUUUUCCACUGGUUGGAGAGUAUUUUACACAAACACCUACCUUCUAAUGCACACCAACUGGCCAAUGGACGUCUGUCUGUGUCUAUGACACGCCUGAGUGACGGCAAGCACAUCAUCAUGACUGAGUUCGAGUCCAAAGAAGAUGUAGUGCAGGCGUUGCUUUGUAGCUGCUUUGUGCCUGUGUACUGCGGGAUGCUGCCUCCAUCCUUCAGAGGAGUGUAUUAUGUGGAUGGGGGUUUCAGCAGCAUGCAGCCAGUGCCAUCUUUACCCCACAGUCAAACCUUGACGGUGUCACCGUUCUCUGGAGAGAUAGACAUCUGUCCCGCCGACACACCUUGCAUGUGGGACAUGGUGGUGAGUGGCACCACCUUGAAGGGGAACAUGGCCAACAGCUUCAGGAUCAUUAAUGCUCUCUACCCGCUGAAUUUAGAGACUCUGGAACAAGCCUUCCACAGCGGCUACAAAGAUGCUAUUCAUUUUCUUCAGAGCCAUGAUCUUGCCCCAUAUUUGAUGAUGCACAAAGUAUCCCUAGGGACACUUAAAUGUCACCAAACCAAAACAUCAAUGACUCUGAUGACUACGACAGAGGAAGAGAAGGAGAAGAAGGUGGAGCAGACCAACGAACUGACGUAUUUUACAGCCAAUAGAUGCAUGCAGACGCGAAGCUCUGAGGAGUGCGAAUCGACCAGAAAUCGACCAAUUAAAGAACCUCCUCAUAAUUUUGACAUGGUAAAGAAUGUUCUGCUGGGCAACAUGGUGACCUAUCUGAGCGUGUUUGGACUUCCUGCCAGAGUCUUAUCCUACCUGCUCCUACCUCUCAUGCUGUCGUUUUACGUACUACACCAGAGUAGGCACAGACUGGAGUUAUUGAUCAGGCAGGCACCUGAGUUGAUGUUCUGGGCUUGGCACGGCCUGAGACAUUUUACAAUCUUCUUUUUCAACAUAUGUGUUGGCACCCUCAAGAAGAACAUAAAUGACCGGAUUAUGCCCACCAUCAUGCUGGUGCAGUGGCUGAUUACAGUACUAUACGAGGCUCGGUAAGGGCAGAUGCACUCUUCGCCUUGAUAUAAGUUUCCUCCUUCUGCCCUUUGUGAAGACGUCAAACUUCAAGAUACAACAAAGAUGACUCACCACUCAGUGUCAUGGGACUAGGGUUACACUGUAUUCUUUGUAUAGCUGAUCACAUGUAUAUUUGUACAGUUUUGCCUUUUUGAGUGUAUAUUGCAAGUGGAGAGAGCAAUGAAAAGUCUAGAAAAGUUGGUAACGUUUUGUAUUUUGUCAAGAGGGAUUAUUUUAACUAAGACAGUUAAAAUGCUUCUGUUCUUUCUGUUUAAAAGUAUCACUACAUCAGUAGAGUACAGAACUUCAAAGAAGACCAUUUGUAGCAGUAAUUUUACCAUCAGCAUUGUACUAGGUUUUUGGUAGAAUAGUUACAGUACAUGAACCAAACAGAAAUCACAGGUACUACACUUUGACAGAAAAGCUCCAUGAACAUAAUGUUUAGUCUGACAGCUGCAUAGGGCAAAAAGUCAUGAAUGUGUAAAUAUUUUGUGGUCAUAGUUAUGUCAUAUGCUUUUGUGGAAAUUGAAAAGUUGGCCUAAUGUCAUUAACAGUCUUGCUCUGAAGAUCAAUUGUUUCAUGAGAUCCUUGGUAGAGGUAUGACUGCUUUCUUUAUAUUAUGCUGUACAACUUCAUUAUUGUAAUCUUUUACAUCUGACUAUGUUAAUGUUAUUUCUAAUGAACAGAAAUAAGAGCUUUACUUCAUCUCUAUAGAACUAAAGAAGUGCACUACAGCCUACAUUGAUUUCUGUUACCAAAACAAAAAAAAUGACUUCGAGCAGCAGCAGAAUGAAUGUAGAGCUGAUUUAAUACUGAAACACCUGUGGUAUUCGAUGUUAUUUUAGUGGUAUAGUCAUACUGCAUAUCGUUCUAAAGCUACGCUUCUUGCAGUGCCUUUAAUGUUGACCAUUUCAAGAUACAACAACGACACAACAGGCUCCAUAAACCCUUCUGUCAGACAAACAACAAACAAAUAAAAAAGUUUUAUUCACCUA